UCAGGACCAAAAAACAAAAAAAAAAAAAAAAAUUUUACGGAAAGAGAGAAAAAAGAGUGGGUUUGGUAUUGGAUAUGGAUGCUGCGAGGGUGGCAGAGCUCAGGCACUUUAUUAGUCAGUGCAAGUCGAACCCUUCAAUUCUGCACAACCCUUGUCUUUCUUUCUUCAAGUCCUAUCUUCAGAGUUUGGGCGCUCGAAUCCCCCCGGACCCAGAAAAGGAGACAGUCAGAGACGACAUGGAAGAUACUAAGGAAUAUAUUGACUCCAAAAAACAUGAUUCACUGGGAGAAGAUGAUGCCAUUGUUGAGUCUGAUAUUGAGUUGGAUAAUACUGACAUCGUAGAGCCUGACAAUGAUCCUCCACAAAAGAUGGGGGAUCCAUCAGUCGCAGUUACUGAAGAGAAGCGAGAUGCCGCACAGGAAGCAAAAUCAAAGGCUAUAGAAGCCAUGUCUGAAGGUAAGUUGGAAGAAGCCAUUGAUGACAUAACAGAAGCAAUAAUGUUAAAUCCGACAUCAGCAAUAUUUUAUGCGACUAGAGCUAGUAUCUUUGUCAAACUAAAAAAACCAAAUGCGGCAAUUCGAGAUGCUAAUGCAGCUUUAGAGAUAAACCCUGACUCAGCAAAAGGGUACAAGACAAGAGGGAUCGCAAGGGCAAUGUUGGGUCAUUGGGAAGACGCAGCAAGUGAUUUGCAUGUAGCGUCCAAGUUGGAUUAUGACGAGGAGAUUGGUUUGGUGCUUAAAAAGGUUGGACCUAAUGCCCAGAAAAUUGAAGAGCAUCGCAGAAAAUAUAAACGUUUGCGAAAAGAAAGGGAGUUAAAAAAAGCUGAACGUGAGAGGCAAAGACAAUCUGAAGCCCAAGAACGUGAAGCGCUAUCUGCUCUGAAGGAAGGAGAAGUUAUUGGUAUCCACUCCACUAGUGAGCUCGACACAAAGUUAAAUGCUGCUUCAAGGACAUCUAGACUUGCAAUUCUCUAUUUCACGGCAACAUGGUGUGGUCCGUGUCGUAUCAUAUAUCCUUUGUAUGCCACCUUAGCUGGAAAGUACCCCAAAGUUGUUUUCUUGAAAGUUGACAUAGAUGAGGCCAGGGAUGUGGCUGCGUGCUGGAACAUCAGCAGCGUUCCGACCUUUUUCUUCAUAAGAAACGGUAAGGAGCUGGACAAGGUUGUGGGAGCUGACAAAAACGCACUUGAAAGGAAGAUUGCACAAUAUGCAGGAUCAACAUGAGCUGAACUUGAAUUUCCAUGUUUCACUUUUGGCUUGGCUUGCAAUUCAUGUGAGGAUAUACAAAUCAAAGAAUAAAUGUGUUGCUAGACAUUUUGUAAAGUGACUUGCUCAAGUUGUCAAAACAUGACAAACUUCUGUACAUGUUAAGUGGUGAUAAUGUUCUGCUUUUGAGUGAGUUGGAGAAGUGCCGUGUGCAAACAUUGUGUUGUUCCUGUUUGAUGUCUAGUUCACAACAGAUGGAGAUCCUGCCUUCUUAGCGAAAUGGGGAAGUGUCAGCCUUGUUUCUAGCGACGAUAGAGGCUAAACAGAGUUCUUUAGACAGAAAAAGUUGAUUUUUUUUUAA